AUGGAGGCUCUUACGAAGUCUUUUGUCCGUCCGCCGCUAAGCGCCUCGGCGUCACUUGCCGGCCAGCCGUCAGUCGCCGUUAAAUCGUCCGCUCGCGGCGGGUCUUCGUCUUCGUUCCCGUCAGUCUCGAAGGCGGCCACUUCGGCCGCAAACCGCACCGUCAGGACUUUCGCGCUUCCAAACGAUGAUGACGUCAUCGCCUUAAAUUCCGGAAAAAGUCUGGAGGAGCUCGAGGAGACGAUUCGCCGCAUCGCGGAGGAAAACGAGCAGCUCCGAGCUCGAGCCGCGGCCGCCGCGGCCAAUGCGCGCCGCGCUGAGUCCGCUUUUAAAGGAGAUGUCGACGUUUCAAGGCCGCGCAUGGGAGCCGUGCCGCCGCCGCCUCCGCCGGAGUUCUCGGCGGCGCCUGCGGUCGAGUAUUUGGAUACGACUCUAGGGGGGGUGCCUGCAGCGGAGGUCGCUUCAGUCGAAGCUAAAUACCUCGUCGAAGAGGCGGAGAGCGUGAGGAGCUGGCAGGAGGCGGUGGAACAAAAGGCCGCCACGUCAGCAGCGGCGGAUGGCAACAUCGAGAUUGCCGCAGCAGGCGGGAUCGAGGAUGUCCAGAAGACGGAGAACCCUAUGAGCAUUGUGUUCGUGGCGUCCGAGGUGGCCCCUUACUCGAAAACCGGCGGGCUGGCGGACGUGGUGGGGUCGCUGCCGGUGGCGCUGGCGGCGAGGGGGCACCGCGUGAUGGUGGUGGCGCCGCGCUACAUGAAUGGCGUCACGGACAAGCUCUACGCGGGGGCCUUUGACAUGCAGUGUCGCAUCAAGUGCUUCUGCUUUGAGGGUGCGCACGAGGUGGCCUUCUUCCACGAGUUCAGAGACGGUGUUGACUUUGUGUUCGUGGAUCACCCAUCCUACCAUCGCCCUGGCACGCCCUAUGAGGUGUUCGUGGAUCACCCAUCCUACCAUCGCCCUGGCACGCCCUAUGAGGUGUUCGUGGAUCACCCAUCCUACCAUCGCCCUGGCACGCCCUAUGGGGACCAAAACGGCACGUUUGGCGACAACCAGUUCCGCUUCACGCUGCUGUGCCAUGCAGCCUGCGAGGCGCCACUACAGCUGGAGCUGGGCGGGUUCACGUACGGGGAGAAGGUUCUUUUCAUUGCCAACGACUGGCACGCGGGGCUGCUGCCCGUUCUGGUCGCGUCCAACUACCGCCCCCACGGUGUGUACAAGGAUGCCCGCACCAUCCUUGCCAUCCACAACCUCUCCCACCAGGUGAGGACAAGCCUUGCCAUCCACAACCUCUCCCACCAGGUGAGGACAAGCCUUGCCAUCCACAACCUCUCCCACCAGGUGAGGACAAGCCUUGCCAUCCACAACCUCUCCCACCAGGUGAGGACAAACCUUGCCAUCUACAACCUCUCCCACCAGGUGAGGACAAACCUUGCCAUCUACAACCUCUCCCACCAGGUGAGGACAAACCUUGCCAUCUACAACCUCUCCCACCAGGUGAGGACAAACCUUGCCAUCUACAACCUCUCCCACCAGGGCGUGGAGCCUGGCUACACGUUUGGCAGCCUCGGUGUGCCGGACGACUGGUACACGUUUGGCUACACGUUUGGAAGCCUGGGAGUGCCGGGUGACUGGUACGGCGCACUCGAAUGGGUGUUCCCCGAGUGGGCGCGCAAGCACGAGUUGGACAAGGGCGAGGCAGUGAACAUCCUCAAGGGAGCGAUUGUCACUGCCGACAGGAUCGUGACAGUCAGCCCGGUACCACGCGUGGUGGCAUGGCAAGGCAAGCACGAGUUGGACAAGGGCGAGGCGGUGAACAUCCUCAAGGGGGCGAUUGUGACCGCUGACAGGAUCGUCACUGUCAGCCCGCUCUCCGUAUGCUGCUCUGUCCGCACUGUGCUUGUCUCACGGUGCCGAGGCAGGCACGAGUUGGACAAGGGCGAGGCGGUGAACAUUCUAGAAUGGGCCAUUGCUGACAGGAUCGUCACAGUCACCUCGGGCUACGCCUGGGAGAUAGCUACAGUGGAGGGCGGGUGGGGACCACACCUCCUCGCCAAUUCCACCACUCACCUUCGUCCCUCCCCCCUCUUCCCCUCUUCCCUCCCCCUGCACACGCUCCAGGGCUAUGCCUGGGAGAUCACGACAGUGGAGGGCGGGUGGGGACUUGACGGGGGCUACGCCUGGGAGAUCACGACAGUGGAGGGCGAGUCGGGUCACACGCUCUACCUUUCCUGCACUCACUUACCCCCCCUCGUCUCCCCACUCUCCUUCUCCCCACCACCUUCCCUCAGGGCUACGCGUGUGACCAACGGAGUGGACGUGGUGGACUGGAACCCUGCCUGCCACGGACAAGCCUGCAGUGCGGCAGAUAACUCAGGCUCCCCAUUUGACCCUUGA